AAAUUGAUGUGAAUUUAUUGUCUCUUUACUUUCUAUAUAAGCAUUUGCUGCAAAUCUUUCACAGUUUCUACUUCCAUGUGAGCUCCAAAUUCCUUGAGGACCGUAUCCUCCUUUUUCCAUGGAGACUCAAAAGCUAAUUAUACAUCUCAUUCUUCUUCUCCUUUGCAUUCCUUGUUCAUCCUCUUUCACUCCCAUAGAUAACUACCUUCUUAGCUGUGGAUCACAGAACAAUGCUUCUCUCUUCAAUCGCAUCUUCAUUGGUGAUUCCACCAACCAAGUCUCAAGUUUUCUCUCUGCUGACAAAUCCAUUUCCCUCACCAACCAAAACCCUCCUCCGGAUUUGCCCAUUUUGUAUCACACGGCAAGAGUUUUCCCCAGCACAGGAAGCUUCAGGUUCAACGUGAGAAAGCAUGGCACCCAAUUGGUUCGUUUUCAUUUCUCACCUUUUAAGGCUCAAGGGUUUGAUCUAAAAGCUGCUAACUUCAGUGUCUUGGUUGAUGGUAAUUUGGUGCUUAGAAAUUUCAAGCCAAGUAAUGGUGUGUUGCUUAAGGAGUUUAUUCUGAAGAUAGAGUCAAAUUUACUUGAAAUUGUGUUUAGACCUGAAGGUAACUCAGGUUUUGGCUUUGUAAAUGCUAUGGAGGUGUUCACUGCUCCUGUUGAUUUUGUUAUAGAUUAUGGAGCAAGGUUAGUGGGUCCUUUUGGUGUGGUAGAGUACAAGAACCUUUCAUCUCAGGUUUUGGAAACUGUCCAUAGGAUUAAUGUUGGGGGUGCGAAAGUAACUCCUUUUAAUGACACCCUUUGGAGGACAUGGAUUCCUGACGAGGAAUUUCUGGUUUUUAAGGAUGCUGCUAAGCCUGCGGUGAGUAAUCAAACACCAAAUUUCCAGAAAGGAGGCGCCACUAGGGAGAUCGCGCCAGAUAGUGUUUACAUGACUGCACAGGAAAUGGAUAAGGAUCACGCCAUUAUAGGUUCACAGUUCAACAUAACCUGGGAUUUUCCAGUGGCUCCAGGUGGUGUUCGGCACUUGAUUCGGUUGCAUUUCUGUGAUAUUGUUAGUCCUGUUCUUAAUUUGCUCUAUUUUGACGUGUAUAUCAACGGAUAUUCUGCAUACAAAGAUUUGGAUUUGUCAUCCCUUGCAGUCCAUGUGCUUGCAUCUCCGGUCUAUGUGGAUUUUGUUGCAGAUUCUAAUGAUUCAGGUGUUAUUCGAAUAAGUGUUGGCCCUUCUGAACUGAGCGGUUCUAGGGGGAUGAAUGCCAUUCUGAAUGGGGCAGAGAUAAUGCAGCUGGUGAAUGUUGUGGACUCACGUGUUGUUCCUGGGAAGAAGAGGUUAUGGAUAUUGGUGGGUUCAAUUGCAGGUGGUGUUGUUGUUUUGCUUUUAGUUAUGUCUGCUUUUGUGCUUGCUCUCAAAUGCAGGAAGAAGAAGAAGAAGAAGAAACCAAAACAAAGAACACUGGAAAGUGUAGGAUGGACUCCUUUACGUGUGUUUGGGGGGAGUUCACUUAGUAGAAUGUCUGAAGGAACAGCUUUUCCCUCUCCUGGUUCUUAUGGUUAUUUCGGAUUGAGAAUCCCUUUUGCUGAUAUACAAUUAGCCACAAAUAACUUCGAUAGGAGUCUAAUUAUAGGAUCUGGUGGGUUUGGUAUGGUUUACAAAGGAGUGCUCAAAGACAAUGUGAAGGCUGCUGUCAAGAGAGGCAUGCCUGGAUCAAGACAAGGACUUCCUGAAUUCCAGACUGAAAUAACAAUCUUAUCCAAAAUUCGCCAUCGCCAUCUUGUUUCACUGGUUGGAUACUGUGAAGAAAAUUCAGAGAUGAUACUAGUCUAUGAGUAUGUUGAAAAGGGUCCACUCAAAAAGCAUCUAUAUGGUUCAGCAGUACAUGCACCUUUGUCUUGGAAGCAGCGGCUUGAGAUAUGCAUUGGUGCAGCUAGGGGUCUCCACUAUCUACACACAGGUUUCGCGCAAGGAAUCAUACACCGUGAUAUCAAAUCAACCAAUAUUUUGCUGGAUGAGAACUAUGUUGCCAAGGUUGCUGAUUUUGGUCUCUCAAGAUCAGGACCUUGUCUCAACGAAACCCAUGUUAGUACUGGUGUGAAAGGAAGUUUUGGUUAUCUUGAUCCAGAGUAUUUCCGACGGCAGCAGCUUACGGAUAAGUCAGAUGUUUACUCAUUUGGGGUUGUGCUUUUUGAGGUUCUUUGUGCCAGAUCUGCUGUUGAUCCACAACUUGAUAGGGAACAGGUGAACUUAGCCGAAUGGGCACUUGAAUGGCAGAAAAAAGGCAUGCUGGAACAUAUUAUUGAUCCUCAUCUUGUUGGGAAGAUAAAGCAAAGCUCGUUGAAGAAAUUUGGUGAAACAGCAGAGAAAUGUUUGGCUGAAUAUGGUGUUGAUAGGCCAACUAUGGGUACUGUAUUGUGGAAUUUGGAAUAUGCACUUCAGCUCAAUGAAAGUGACCAAGAAGAGGAGCCAUACGAUGAUAGCAGUGCUCAGGAAACAGUGAAUGUGAAUACUACGAUAACUCCUGGGAGUCCUUCUAGCAACAUGAGAAGAGAGGAAAAUAAUGAUAAUGGUUAUUCAGACAUAAGUGCUACUGAAGUUUUUUCUCAACUAAUGAAGAGUGAAGGUAGAUAGAUAUAGAAUUGUCAUGCAAAUAGAGGCAACUCUUGAUCAUGUAUAGAAAGGUUCACAUGGAAAUAAAGGUACCGAGGAGUACCUGUGCUUUGAUAAUUCUUUUCUUCAUAAUUUUUCUUGUGUUAAAGAAAACUGCAUCAAUACCAAUAUUAACAUUCGCAUAUGGCAGCCAGUGAUAAGCAAGACUCAUUUCUAGUU